AUGUCGUCGCUCCUCAACUCGCUCGACAUGAGCCUUGAUGACCUCAUCCAGAAGAAGAAGACGACGGCCUCGGGCAGCAAGGGCGGCCGCGGGGGCAAGGAGUCCUCGGGCGGCGCCGGUCCGGUCCGCCGUGGCCGCGCCAACGCCGGCCGCGGCCGCAGCAGCGGCACGCCGUAUGGUCGCAAGAACGACGACGACGUCGACAUGGACGACAACUCGAACAAGAACAACAACAGCAACAGCAACAAGUCGUCGGGCCGCAAGGCGUCGAUCCUCUCGCGCCUCGGCGGCAAGACGCAGGGCCAAGACGAGACGGUCUUCAAGAUCUUUGUGACGAACCUGAAAUUCGACGUCUUGGAAGACGACAUCAAGGAGCUCUUUAGCACCGUCGGCAAGGUCGCCAAGUACGAGAUCCUCUACGACCGCGCGGGCCGCUCCAAGGGCCAAGCUCGUGUUUGGUUCACGAGCAUCCAGUCGGCGCAGGCCGCCAUCAACAAAUACGACGGCUGCACGUUGGACAACCAGCCCAUGAAGAUCACCAUGGACGAAGGCAGCGCGCGCCAAGGCGGCAACAACACCAGCUCCAACAAGGGCGACAACUCGAAGAACGUGCGCUCGGGUCUUUUCGGCACGGCGCUCAAGGGCGCUGCCGGCAAGGACGUUGACUUCAAGGUGACGUUCAACGGCAACGGCAACCGUGGUGGCAGCGGUGGCCGUCGCAACGGCGGCGGUGCCCGUCGUGGCCGGGGAGGCCGUGGCGAGGAAAAGUCGGCUGCCGACUUGGACGACGACAUGGACACGUACAUGAACAAGAACUAA